AUGCUUCAAUAUGACCUAUCAAAGUGUGCUAUUUGUGAAAUAUGCCUAUACUGGCAGUUGCAUUUACAUUCUAAUAGAUACAGUACAAUGAACAAUCAAAAAGGCUCUAGUGCACAGUGUUGA